GCGGGCUCCCCGGCACCUCGGCGGCCACGAUGGUGCUGCUGGGCGUCCUGCAGGCGGGCAGGUCGGUGCUGGUGCAGGCAGUGGAGCAGGUGACUGGCGGCAGCCUCCUGUCCACGCUGCUCGUCGCCUGCGCCUUUACUCUCAGCCUGGUCUACCUGUUCCGCCUCGCCGUCGGGCACAUGGUGCAGCUGCCCGCCGGGGCGAAAAGUCCACCAUAUAUUUUCUCUCCCAUUCCAUUCCUUGGGCAUGCUAUAGCAUUUGGGAAAAGUCCAAUUGAAUUCCUGGAAAAUGCAUAUGAGAAGUAUGGACCUGUAUUUAGUUUUACCAUGGUGGGCAAGACAUUUACUUACCUUCUGGGAAGUGAUGCAGCUGCACUGCUUUUCAAUAGUAAAAAUGAAGACCUGAAUGCAGAAGAUGUCUAUAGUCGUCUGACCACACCUGUGUUUGGGAAGGGAGUUGCCUAUGAUGUGCCCAAUGCAGUUUUCUUGGAACAGAAGAAAAUAUUAAAAAGUGGCCUCAACAUAGCCCACUUUAAACAGUAUGUUUCUAUAAUUGAAAAAGAAACAAAGGAAUACUUUCAAAGUUGGGGAGAAAGUGGAGAAAAAAAUUUGUUUGAAGCUCUUUCUGAGCUUAUAAUUUUAACAGCUAGCCAUUGUUUGCAUGGAAAGGAGAUCAGAAGUCAGCUCAAUGAGAAGGUGGCCCAGCUGUAUGCGGAUUUGGAUGGGGGCUUUAGCCAUGCAGCUUGGUUGCUGCCAGGUUGGCUGCCUUUGCCUAGUUUCAGACGCAGGGACAGAGCUCAUCGAGAGAUCAAGAACAUAUUUUAUAAGGCAAUCCAGAAACGCAGGCAGUCAGAAGAAAAAAUUGAUGACAUCCUCCAAACUUUACUAGACUCUACAUACAAGGACGGGCGUCCUCUGACAGAUGAUGAAAUAGCAGGGAUGCUCAUUGGGCUGCUCCUCGCAGGGCAGCACACGUCCUCAACCACCAGCGCCUGGAUGGGCUUCUUUCUGUCCAAAGACAAAACACUUCAAGAAAAAUGUUACUUAGAACAGAAAAUUGUCUGUGGAGAGGAGUUGCCUCCUUUAACUUAUGAACAGCUCAAGGAUCUAAAUUUACUUGAUCGCUGCAUAAAGGAAACAUUAAGACUUAGACCUCCUAUAAUGACCAUGAUGAGAAUGGCCAGAACUCCUCAGACUGUGGCUGGGUAUACCAUUCCUCCAGGACAUCAGGUGUGUGUUUCUCCCACUGUCAAUCAAAGACUUAGAGACUCAUGGGUGGAACGUCUAGACUUUAACCCUGAUCGUUACUUACAUGAUAAUCCAGCAUCAGGAGAGAAGUUUGCCUAUGUGCCUUUUGGAGCUGGGCGCCAUCGUUGUAUUGGGGAAAAUUUUGCUUAUGUUCAAAUUAAGACACUUUGGUCCACUAUGCUUCGUUUAUAUGAGUUUGAUCUCAUCAAUGGAUAUUUUCCCACUGUAAAUUAUACAACUAUGAUUCAUACUCCUGAAAACCCAAUAAUCCAUUAUAAGCGAAGAUCAAAAUGAAACAGGCUACAAGGAGCCAAUGUGCGAUUCAUCACUGUCACCUGCAAAGCAUUGGAAGAGAAUGAAGUUUUGUGAAAUAACUUUCAUUGUGAAUAGUUUCUUGAGUGAAAUUUUAAAAGCCAGUUUGAGUUUAAUAUUAACUGAAUGAUUAUCAAAUCUGAUGGCAUUUGAAACAGUUUGUAAUAGCUUUGAUACUAUAUGUACUUCAUAGAAACCAAGUUUAUGAGUAAAACAAUCACAGAGGAGGGGAUAUAGGUUAUUGGCAGAGCCUAUAUAAUAUCCAGGUGUUAUUUCAAAAGCCUACACUGCUCUUUGAAAAUAUGUCCAGGAUAUUCCUAUUUGUAACUAGUUUUGCAAGGCUUGAAAGCCCAGUGAAACUAGGUGUGGUGACACACACUUUGAAUCCCAGCACUUGGGAGGCUGAGGUAAGAGGAUCACCUUGAGUUUGAGGUCAGCCUGGGCUUCAGAGUGAGCACCAAGUCAGCCUAGGCUAGAGUGAGUUCCUGCCUCCAAAGAAUUAAAAAUGCUUAGUGAAAUUCUCUGAAGGCCACAGGCUAUUCAUUUACUUGGACCAUUUUUGUGUAUAAAGAUGUAUGAGGGUAAAGAAUGAACUCAGUUAAAAGCCUCAAAUGAGAAAAUGAUUAGUUGUUUUGGUGGGAUUAUACUUACCAGUGAUGAGUAUAGUGAUGAGGAGGGAUGUAGAAAAAUACAAUCUGUAAAAUUGUGACUUGAGGCACUGCUGUAGGAAGUUGACAGGGAUCUAGGACUAUGUCUUGGUAACUGUAUUUCCUAAAAAUAAUAAACUAAUACUAAAGAGUG